UCCCUUGUCCAUGGCAUCCAAAGUUCACAAAUUGAAACUCAAAAGGAAACUAAUUAUUAUAUUCAAAUGCUUCUUCUUUUUUUCUUCCCUAUAUUUCUGAGGAAAUUCGCCGGUUUAUAGGGCGAAAGCGAGACAUAUGACUCCAUAUCCUGUGACGGUACAGUUCAUCUCUCAAGCAACAAGUAUUGUAGUCAUGAUGAUAGCUGCAAUGCUUCCAGUUCAGUGAUUCUAGCUUUUCUUUUCUUUUUUUUUAGUGUUAGAGUGAAAGCAAAUCGAUUAUCAUUUACAUGGAUUACGAAAGAAUCCAAAAGCCUCAGGGCGGUGGUGGAUUUUCCCCAGCUAAGCUAAGGACUAUGCUAUUAGGAGUUGAAAAGAAACGAAAACAAGAUGAAGAACAAGUUGAAUCUUCUAUAGAUUUAAGAUCUCAACUUUCUCACCUUGAUGAUGAUUCAGGGAAAAGUGGUUCUGAUAGUUGCAAAGAUGUUGAUGUGGUGAGUGUUAUUCCAGAAUGUUCCACUUCCACAACAGCAGAUUCCAUGGCUGCUGUGCAGAAUGGUGGCCAUCGAAGAUCAAAGGAUCAUUCUCUAGGCACUACUCGAAACCGGUUCAUUGAGGAUCAGCCUGGUUUAGAUUAUGACAGUGGACAUGACAAUAUGAGUGUAUCCUCAUCUAUCUUUGAGUUUCAGAAGACCGAACGGGCACUACAAAGGGUUCCCCUUGGUCCGUUUUCUAAGCCGGCUCCAUCUAAAUGGGAUGAUGCUCAGAAAUGGAUAGCUAGUCCUACUGCGAAUCAGCCUAAAACAGGGCAGGGUGGCCAAGGGGUGGGAUCAAGAAAAGGGGGUAAUUUUGGUCAUGGGAAACAGUCGUCUACUAAGGUGGUUCUUGAAGUUCCAGAUCAAAGGAUGGUUCCUUUCGAAGAACCGGAUACAAAAAGGAUUGAUACGAAUCAUGCCAAGAAGGAUGAUGGGUUGCAGAAGUUUGUGAACUGGGAGAGUGAUCCAUACCCGGUAGUGGAUUCAUAUGGGAAGCCUGUACUAUUGAUUGAGAAUUCUGUUGCAGACUCAGCUAUUAGUCUUAGCCGGCAUGAUUCAUCAAUAUCAAUACAUAGUGCUACGACAUUUAUUCCCCCUCCUUCAACAGCUAGAUCAGUAUCCAUGAGAGAUAUGGGCACAGAAAUGACUCCUAUUGUUAGCCAAGAACCUUCGAGGACAGGAACUCCUGUGCGAUCAACAACACCAAUUCGGAGUCCAAAUUCAUCCAUGCCAUCAACUCCCAACAGAGCUGUACCGUCUGUAUCUCCGGAAAAUUCAGAUAAAGACCACUUAGGUUUGAAAAUGGAGUUGUCAGAGAAGGAGCUCCAAAUGAAAACAAGGAGAGAAAUUAUGGUUCUUGGGGCCCAGUUGGGUAAAACAAACAUAGCUGCAUGGGCUAGCAAGGAGGAGGAUAAGGAUGCAUCCACCUCUCUGAAAACUGUAGCACGAGAACAAGCAUCUAAAAGUGUCAUUGAAACCCGUGCAGCAGCAUGGGAGGAGGCAGAGAAAGCCAAGUAUAUGGCCAGGUUCAAACGUGAGGAAAUGAAAAUUCAAGCAUGGGAGAUCCAUCAAAAAGCAAAAACUGAAGCUGAGAUGAAGAAGAUAGAGGUUGAUGUUGAAAGGAUGAGGGGGCGUGCUCAUGAUAAGCUCAUGAAUAAACUAGCCGCUGCAAGGCACAAGGCGGAAGAGAAGCGUGCAGCAGCUGAAGCCAAGCGAAACCAACAAGCUGCAGAAACCGAGCAGCAAGCUGAUUAUGUCCGAAGAACCGGCCGCAUCCCGUAUUUCUGUUGCUGGAGUUGGUGCCCCUGAAAAGAUACAUAUUUUAUUUUUGUUCAGAUCAGUCUGCCCUACCCACGAUGAUUAUAUUCAUCACUUUGUUCACUAUAAAACUGAAAAUAUCACUAUUGGUUUCCACUGGAAAGCUAAACUUUUGUAGUAAAAAUCCCAAACAUCCACCCAGCGAAGUGGGGGAGAAGUAGACGGGGAAGUAGGUGAUGGGGGAUUGAAAUUUAUUUUUGAGGG